AUGCCCGAUACGUCAGUCGAGAGCAGUCCUCUUCAUGCUCCAGCCACCGGAGCUGAAGGAGCCAUAGAUCUUGCCAUUUUGACUGUCUCUGGAGACAACGCAGCACUCUCCGACCAAAAGCCCUCCAACGUCGAAGCUAUCGUGAUUCAAGAUGCUACCGACUCCGCCUCGACUGUCCCCAAAGACAACUGUCACGAAGUCAUCAUCCAGCAAGUCAAUCAUCUCAAGACCAAGAACAAUUUCAACCACGAGAAUCUCACCAGAAUCUAUGAGGAAGUCAAUCAACACCUUUUCGAAUGCAACGACCACCAUCUUCAGAUAGUGCAGUACAAGUUCGUCUUCGGCACCGGCAACUCUCGUAUCAUUGGUCGUCCCGACGGCAGUAUCAACCAUUUCAACAACGAGAAGAUUGUCCUGGCUACCAAGGUGUUGGAAUUCGACAUCAAAAGAGUCAAGUCGCUCGGAGCCUUCUUCGUUGCACAGAAGAGAUACUUCAACUUGCUUGGAGAGAUGAAGGAGAUUGAGGUCGAGAUCAAACAGCUGUUGGCCAGUGCAAUCGAGACUGGUGCCGCCCCUGACGGGUUCUACGAUGAGAUGGAGGAAACGAGAGGCAGAAUCGCAAACAUGGAGGAAUCUCGGAUCGGCAUGAGAGAGGGCUGGCUUGAGUGGUUGGAUGAGCUUUCCUGA